AGAAACAACACACACACUUAUUUCUCCGUAACGGGACACAACGAUAUUCUCCUCGGCCUCUUCGUCUUAUCUCGAUUCUUCUUCUGUUUUGUUUUCUCAUUUUUCUUUGCGUCGGUGUGGGUACUGCAUGCGGGGCGUCCUUUGUCGUCUUCGCUCUCUCUCGUAUAUGCUUGCGCCGUUCAUGUAUCCCAAUUAGUAUCCGCGGCGCCAUUUUAUUCCGCUUACUUCCUUUGCUGAUCCGCUGUAACGCCAGUCCACUUCUUGAUUGUUUGUCUGUUUUUCGUGGUGAACAUCUCCCUGCUUUCUUCCAACUGUUUUCUCCUGUUACCGGGUUUUUUCUUCCUUUUCUUUUCCUCACGGGCCGCGACGAGAGGACGCAAAUUUGGCGGACAUCUUUGCUGCUCGAGGUCCUUCUUGGUAUCGUAUUUAUCUAUUCGCUUCGCUUUUGCGCGACUGCUGCUGUUGUCGCCCGGUGCUCCUCCCGCAGCGUUCUCUUCUUAAUACCAGCAGUUGUUGUUUUUUCCUUUGCUGAAAGCUAUCUCGCCGCCGCGCCGCGUUUUUUCUUUAGUUUUUCUCCUGGAGGGAUCACACACACAAACACACACACAUCGCGAUUGGAGCUUGCGAAUAGAAUGACCUAGCCUGAAGAAUUAUUCAUCCUACCUCUCUCUUUUCCCCUUUUCUUGUAUUCUCUUUCUCAACUGCUAGAAUUCAGCAGUUCUUCCAUCUUUUAGUUUUUCCCACCCGCCCAACCCUGAACUCCCCGCCCACCCAGCGGGGAAGCGUAAGGCGGGCUACCCACUUCGUAGAGUCUGUUGAAUAGUUUGUUUUCUUUGCAUGUAUUUAACUAUUGAUAUUUACAGUGUGUUGUAAAACCAAGAAAGAUAAAUUCAUGUAAUUCUCAUGUAAAGGUUUGACCUGUUGGUAGGUGAUGAUUUGUAGGGUGUAGGUUAAUCCCGUUGCAAACAGCACGACAGCACGAGUCUUUUCUGUCUCGAACUGCUUUGUACUUCUUGUGCUGUUGAUUUCUCUGUCGACUUCUUCUUCCGGCGCCGCUUUCCCUUUUUCUCUUGUGCAUCACUUAGCGACGUCAACGAACUUAUAUUCAGAAAGAGAAGGCACACGUUUUUGUUGUCAUGUUUCGUCAAUUGAGCAGCACUGCCUUACCCGGCGCUGCCUCCGGUUUGGGCGUGAUGUCGCUGUGCAGUACGCCGCUGCACACGGCGCGGUGCCACGCCUCGACGGCAUACUUCGCGGCUGUCCCGCGUGCGCCGCCGGAUGCCAUUAUGGGCAUCGCGGCGGACUUCGCGAAGGACACGAACCCCAACAAGGUGAACCUGUGCAUCGGCGUGUUCCGCGAUGAGCACAACAAGCCGUACAUACUCAAGUCCGUCCGUACCGCCAUGGUGACGGUGGCGGAGCGCGACAUGCAGAUGGACUACGCCCCCAUCGCCGGUCUGCCGUCGUUUGUGAACAGCAUGCAGGCGCUCUGCUUUGGGAAGUCCGUGAUGGACGUGCAAGGCGACCGCAUUGCCUCGGCGCAGACCCUCAGCGGGACUGGGGCCCUACACCUUGGUCUGGAGCUGCUGCAGCGCUACGCAGACUCCACCCGGCCCUUCACCGUGCACAUCUCCUCUCCGUCCUACACGAACCACUACAACAUCCUGCAGCACCUGAAGAUCAACUACCAGCACUAUCCCUACUACAACAUGCAGACCCACCGACUGGACAUCGAUGCAAUGCUGAACUACUUCCGCCAGCUGCCCCCGCAAUCCGUUGUGCUGCUGCACGCCUGCGCGCACAACCCCACCGGCUGUGACCCGACGCCGGACGAGUGGGAGAAGAUCAUCGACGUCGUGCGCCGCGGUGACCUGAUUCCCUUCAUCGACAUGGCCUACCAAGGCUUCGCCACCGGCGACCUUGAACGCGAUGCCUAUGCGGUGCGCGCCGUGAACCGCCACGACGUGCCGACGUACCUCGUGUCCCAGUCCCUGGCGAAGAGCUUCGGUCUCUACGGGCAGCGCACCGGUGCCCUGCACAUUCGCUGCACCACGCAGAAGGAGAAGGCAAACGUGCUGACGCAGCUGCAGUCGACGGCGCGGGCGACGUACAGCAACCCUCCUAUCUUCGGAGCCCGUGUUGCGGAUGAGGUGCUGCGCACACCGCACCUGCGCGAGCAGUGGAAGACGGAGUUGCUCGAGAUGGCGCAGCGGCUGGAGGGCGCACGGCACCGCCUCGUAGCGCAGCUGCGCGCCUGCGGCUCGACGCGCGACUGGGAGUUUCUCGAGAAGGGCGUCGGCAUGAUGUCGCUGACCGGCUUGACAGAGGCGCAGGUGAUUCGGUUACAGGAGAAGUACAGCGUCUACCUGAACCACAAUGGCCGCCUCGCCUUUUCAGGCUUGAACAUUGAGAAUGUGGCGUACACCGCGCAGGCGAUCCACGACAUUGUGUCGCACUAG